UAUUUUUCUAAUAAAAUAUUUCACGAACGUCCUAAUACUUUCGAGAGAUGCAAUGUGGCUUCUUCCAACCUUGGCUCGUUGUCCUCGAGGCCAGAGACGCUGAGAGAGAGAGCACCGCAAGAAAUUUUCAUCUCUCUUGAUUUCUCUCAUUUCUCUGCUGAUUCUUCGAGAAAUCAAAUUUCAGGUUUGCAAAGGAUUUGGAGAUGUUUGAGAACUGAAUCAGUGUUUGGUUAGUUGUCUUUCAAAAUGUGGAGAUCCAUUUGGAAUGCCAUCACAAGCUUUGGUAGGAAGAAGAGCACGGUUGAGCCAAGCGCUGCCUCUAAUGAAUUCUCCGACGACGAUGACAUGUGCUCCAAUGAUAGCAUCGAUGAAGUCUUAGAAUGCCCAAUAUGUUGUGAAUCUUUCAACAUUGUCGAGAAUGUUCCCUAUGUCUUAUGGUGUGGACACACCAUAUGCAAGAAUUGCCUCUUGGGACUAAAACGGGCUGCUCUGAAGAUCUCCACAACCCAACAAAUCCAAAUCCCGUUCUUCAUCUCCUGCCCUUGGUGCAACUUGUUGACCCUUCGACUCGUUUUCCAUGGGAUUCUUAAAGCCCCUAACAAAAACUACUUCCUCCUUUGGAUGGUGGAGAGCAGGAACGGUGACCGCUUUGGGUCCCACAAAUGCACAAAUCACCGGAAUGUGUGGACCCCUUUGCGCGUGAACUCCACCACCAUCUCGAAUGCCAAUUCUUCAUUUGUUGUUGUUGGUGGUGACAUAAACCGCUUAGUCAGGAACAAUGGCAGAGGCGUCCGCGGUGCUAGGGGUGCUUACAGGAGACGACCGCAAUUUUCUCUUCACAAAUCCAUUGACUUCUUCAUUCGUUUCACAUCGAGGUUCCCAUUGGUGGUGGUGCUUGUUUUUAUGGUUAUCUUUGCCAUUCCGUGCAGCGUUGUCGUUCUUAUGUUGUACUUUGCUAUCACAAUCAUCUUUGCUGUCCCCGCUGCCUUGGUGAUGUAUUUUGCAUACCCAACUCUGGAUUGGCUGGUGAGAGAGAUAAGCAACUGAGUAUAUGUUCCCAUAGUGUCAUCUAUCUUGUGAAGUUUUUUUCCUGUGUCCAGUCAGACUCCAAUAAAACUCUGUAAUAUACUUUAUAGUCACCCAGUCUUUAGUUGAUCUUUUUGUAUAAAGGAUGGUGGUAUACAUAGGUGUCUCUGAUUGAAGGGAAUCCAUGCCUGAGCUCUAUUUUGGAGCCUUAGGUCCCCUUUGAUUAGCAUAAAUAUAUUUUCUGGAUUUUCUUGUGUUUAGACAUAUUUUACUUUUCUUUCCUGUAUGGUGGUUUUUCUAUAAUAUUCUAAAGUAGAGUUUCUGGAUAAAA